AUGUUGGACCCCUUCGUACCGGUCCCGGAAUGGCUGCGGAGCUUUACCGAGCCAUAUGCGCUCUGGCUUAACAGUCCGACGCUUUCUGAGCACAUCCACGAGGUGAUCCUGGCCUUCGCCUUCUACCUAUUCAUCCAUGCCGUCGUCUCACCAUGGCUUUCUCCGAUUCUCUUCCCAGAGUCUUACAACAAGCUCACUCCGAGGACCAAGCUGAACUGGGAUAUCCACGUUGUCUCGCUCGUUCAGAGUAUCGUCAUCAACGUCGCCGCUCUCUGGAUUAUGGUCGUUGACAAUGAACGCAACUCCAUGUCCUCUGGAGAACGGGUCUUCGGAUACACUGGUGCCUGCGGUUUCGUUCAGGCCCUAGCCGUAGGCUACUUUGUCUAUGAUAUAAUCGUCAGCAUCAGACAUGUGCAAAUGUUCGGAAUUGGACUCCUCUUCCACGCCGUUGCCGCCUUAUGGGUAUUCAGUCUCGGCUUUAGACCCUUCCUAAACUACUAUGCCCCAACCUUCAUCCUCUACGAGCUCUCAAGCCCGUUCCUCAAUAUCCACUGGUUCCUCGACAAGGUCAACAUGACCGGCAGCCGCACCCAGUGGUACAACGGUAUGGCCCUACUCGGAACAUUUUUCGGCUGCCGUCUGGUCUGGGGAACAUGGCAAUCAAUCAUUGUCUACAGUGACAUGUGGAACGCCCUGCAGCACACCUGGUCCGCAUCAUCCUCGCCGCUCUCCGAGCCCGUCAGCGUCAACGCUCUCGUCUUCUACCCAGCCCGCGAUGGAAGCAUGUGCAUCGACGAGACCUGCGCUCGUGCCAACGCCGAAAUCACCCGCUUCAAGGAGUACACAGCAGGCGGCGUGCCGACUUGGCUGGUUGUCACGUACGUGGGCUCGAACUUGAUUCUCAACUUCUUGAAUUACUUCUGGUUCUCCAAGAUGGUUGAGACUGUGCUUAAGCGGUUCCGUGGUCCAGCCCAGAAUUCUGCCAAUGGAGAGAAGACGGAGGAUGCGAAGAAGAAUGCGCAACUGAAGGAGGAUAUCGUCCACGAUGUCGUUCUUGAGGCUGCCUCCAAGCUCGAGCAGGAGGAGAGUGCUAUCUUGCAGGGUGAUCUUUCUUCAUUGCAGGAGCAUGUCUCCUCGGCUGUUGACUCUGGCCUUGGCGAUGAGUUGCGCAAGCGGAGAGCGGAGCUCGUUGCUAAAGUUCCUCUGCCUGGGGCUUGA